CACCUCAUCUUCUCUUCUUCAUAUGUGUAAUUAUAUAUGUUCCCCUAAUUCAUUUCAUAUAUAUAUAUAUAUAUUCUUCAAUUCUCCAUGGAAAUAGAAGCACGAAAUUAAUCAAGCUGCAGAAUAAGAAGAACCUAGCUGCCUCCGAUCCCACCCACCUUAGAAACAAAUUCGGUGAUCAUCUUAAUUUACAAUAUCUGAUGUUGAUGAUGAGUUCUUUUCGUUGAUUGAUUUCUGUUUCUGUCUGUCUGUGAAUUUGGAAUAAAAAUCAGAUUGAAGCGAUGAUGAAUUGAAGGUAGAUUGAAAGAAUUGGAUUCUCAUGGAUUUUCAGUACCAAAUGAACUCAGAGAUUCAGGCCGCCGACGGCCUUCGGACGCUCUACUUCAUGAACCCUAAUUUGGUAGGGUUUGCCGACGCCGACAGUAACACCGACGCCGCCGUGCAGGCGGCUGCAUUUGGUUCAUCGCCGCCGUGUCAGGGUCAAUUCAAGAUUACUUCUCCUUCAUCUACGCCGCAGGACGCCGGACGUCCGUCGGAACAAGUUCCGGCCGCUGUCAAUCGGUCCGCGCAGUACAAUCUCAGCUGGGGGGUAGUGGAUAAUAAUCCAAUCAAUCUGCCGCCGCAGCCGCUGUCACUGAAUCUCCCCUACGAUCAUCGUCAUCGCUAUAACGAUUGUCGACAAGAGUUGCAGUCGACGGGCGGCGGAGUGCUGGUGUCGAAAUACGUGAAGGUUGCUCAGGAGCUUCUAGAAGAAGUGGCAAGUGUCCUGCGGAAGGAGACGCACAAGGAGAAGACCGUUAACGUCGUUGUUGCGAAAACCGAGGAGGUUACUGUCGCAAUCGCCGGCGGUACUGAUCAUCGAAACUGUAAUAAUUUAAGCGGUGGUGGAGGAUGCGAUCAGCUUACAACAGCUCAAAGGCAAGAGAUUUUGAUGAAGAAAGCUAAACUUGGUAGUUUGUUGGAUGAGGUAGAUCAAAGAUGUAAGCAGUACAGGCAGCAGAUGCAAAUGGUGGUGUCGUCAUUCGAGCAGUUCGCGGGGAUGGGAUCGGCGAGAUCUUACACUCAGGUGGCUCUCAGGACAAUGCUGAAGCAGUUCCGCUGCCUGAAGACGGCGGUUUUGCGGCAGAUCAAAGGUUUGAACCGAAGCCUAGGGUUGGAGGAAGAAGAAGAUGAUGAUGGUGAUCGGGACCAAGAGGGACAGGGGUCGAGGCGGCUGAGGAUGGUGGACCACCGGGUCCGGCAGCAGCGGGCGCUGCACCAGAUGGGUCUGACGAUGACGUCAUCCAACACUCGUACUACUAUGCCGUGGCGGCAGCAGCGCGGCCUGCCGGAGCGUGCCGUCGCCUUGCUCCGAGCCUGGCUCUUCGAGCAUUUCCUUCAUCCUUACCCGAAAGAUUCAGACAAACGAAUGCUGGCUAAGCAGACAGGGCUGACACGAAGUCAGGUGUCGAAUUGGUUCAUUAACGCCCGUGUGAGGCUGUGGAAACCCAUGGUGGAGGAGAUGUACCUCGAAGAAAUCCAGAACCAGAAACAACAACAGCAGCAGCAGCAGGAGGAUAUUAAUCAUGAUUAUAAUUAUGUUAAUGAAGAACAGCAGCAGCAACAGCAACCUGCAGGUGGUGCUUAUGGCACCUGCAGCACAAGCACAAGCUCAUCCUCCUGCCUGAUCCAAUCCUGUCGCAGCAGCAGCAGGCCACAUCAACAAGAUCAAUAUCAUCAUAGCAAUCAGCAGCACACGAGCUUUGCCCACCUCAUCACCUCCCUCGCUCUCCCACCUCCCACUCCCACUCCCACAAAACCUAACCCUAACCCUAACCCUAAAGAUAGAACAAUGGCCGCCUCCGGGUACGGGUACGGGUACGGGUACGGGGAACAUAUGGCAAAUAAUGGUUUCUCCUUGAGCCUUGGCCUCGGUGCCGGCGGGUUCGACUUUACUCGGCCUCCGACACAUUCUCAGAGUCAGAUCAUUAAUCAUCGUCCUGCUGCUAAUGGUAAUUACGAGAAUACUAUUGUUGAUUUCCAGGGCCACAGGAUGAUGAUGACGAUGAGGAACAAUAAUUACAUCAAUUUCCAUGCUGCUUCCGAUCAACAGGUGCUACACCCACCCAGUUUCGUCUAGCUCUAGUUGAUCAUCAUUGCUUUGUCUUAACUCAUCAUCCUAGAUAUAUAUAUAUAUAUAUAUAUGUAUGUCUGUAUACCAUAUGUAUAUUUAAUUUGUUGAUAUCAUAGAGGUAGUAUAUAACAAUUUCGACAAUUAGUGUCUAAUUGCUAGAUGUGUUUGUGUGUGCUCGUAUUGAUUAAUCAUUCAGGAUAUAUAUAUAUAUAUACACAUAUACUGUGUGUAUACAUAGAUGAGUGUACAUAUAUAUCUUGUGAUGUAAUUAUAUAUGGACGUAUGUACAGUAAUGCAGGGUUCUUAUAUAUACUAUCUCACUC